UGCAAUAAUAUUCUGUUGUCGCAAAGAAUUGCAAACCAUAAACCAAAAUGAAAAAGAUAUUUAGAGCAGUUUUGAUAUUGGCUGCAUUGUUGUUAUGUUCAAAUAUUAUUUCACUCGAUUGGUUGCAAGUUUGUUAUGCAACUACGUCUAAUUAUUCAACUCCCAAAUCCAAACUAGUCGCUGGUGUUACCAAGAAUGGUUUGGGAGUUUCAAACGUAGAUUUUUUAGCUAAACCCACCAACAGCAAGGUUCAUUUCAAGCCCACUCCAAGCAUGUGCAAGUUUCAUGCAAAACGUUUGUCUUCUAUUGUUACGACAAAUAUAACAAGCUUGAAAAACAUGACUAUGAAAACGCAAAUGGUUUCACAUAUUGUUGAUUACUUUUCAUGGACCAAUCAGUCGUCCUGCCAAAUUUCUCAUUAUUUCGGAGGGUUUAUGGUUUCUUCUGCAGCCGGCAUGGUAUCUAUGGACGGACAGAAAGCAAUUUGUCUUGACCAAAUGGUUGCUCCAAGACCAGAUAGAUGUAUUGUGUACUCGUUUGGAAUCAACUAUGAUUGGAGUUUUGACGACGCGAUGGAUCUUUAUGGAUGCAAAGUUUUUUCGUUUGAUCCAUCGAUGAACGUUUCAAACCACCGUCGAAGUGAGAACGUAAUUUUUUAUCAAAUGGCCCUAAAUGACAUAGAUAAAAAUGAAUGGAAGAAAAACUUUGGAAUACCAUCGCGGACUCUUUCUUCGAUAUACAACAUGCUUGAGCCUAUUCACGGGGCAAAUGUUACUAUCGACUACCUCAAAAUUGACAUUGAAACCACAGAAUGGAUCGUGCUGCCACAAAUAAUGAAAUCCGGGAUGCUGGACAGGGUAAGGCAGCUAUCAGUGGAAAUACACAUGGACUUUAAUAAAACUGUCGAUAUGUGUUGUGAACAAGCCAACAUUAUACAUUUACUUGAAGAUUAUGGGAUGAUCCGCUUUGAUUCAAAACCCAACGUAUAUUCUGUAAUCAAUGUACCCCAGAGAAAAUCUUUAGGUUUUGCAGCUUAUGAAAUAGCUUGGUAUAACAAUAGGGCUUUGCAUCUUAAUUCUUGAAGUAAAGUUUAUGUUCGAAAAAUAC